CCAUCCCAUCUCCCCUCCUCUGCUGUGCACCUGCUCCUCCCCUCCUGCCUUAUUAUCCUCACACACUCAAGAGCAGCGCUCCGUGCUCGCCAAGUGAUGCUCCUCGGCGGCGCACAUCGCGGGGUUAGCACCGCCCGCUGCAGGGAGGACCGCUCCGGCUUGUUUUUCUCCCCUGGAAACACGCGCGGGAGCACGGGCAGAACAUGGGAAUUUAACGGGGCUUCCGAGUGAGUGAGCUGGAGGAGGGGUAGGACGACGAAGAAGCGCUCAAGUCCCAUCCGAGAGGAGAGAGAGAGGAGGUUAAGGUGGAGGAGGGAGUUCUCCGGGGAAACGGUCCCGCCGGGACAGAGGGGGAACGCAGCGGAAGGUUUUUCGGCUUUACAUAGUUUCAAAUGGACUAAAGGUGUCUGUUUUUGUUGUUUGAAUGUGAAGAAUAAAAAUCACGGGGGUUUGAAGGAAGGGUUGUGGAGUUGCGUCCGUCGGUCGGUGCCUCUCUGUUUGUGAUGGAGUGAGUGGAAGAGAGGGCACGGGAACUUCAGCCUCGCCAUGAAAUCAGUGUUUUUCAGCCGCUUCUUCAUCCUGCUGCCCUGGGUCCUCAUUGUCAUCAUCAUGAUCGAUAUCGACAGUAAAAGGGCGAUCCGUGCUCCGGCAGCCGGCCGGACCGGCAGGGCGCAGCGGGCGGCCCGGACCGGCGCACCAGGGACGGGUGGUACCCAGAACCAGACCGCUCUGCCGGUCAUCUACGCCAUCACUCCGACUUACACCCGACCGGUGCAGAAAGCGGAGCUGAUCCGUCUGGCACACGCCUUCCGCCAGGUUCCCCGGUUCCACUGGAUCGUAGUGGAGGACUCGACCACGCGCACGGAGCUGGUGGCGCGCUUCUUGGCCCGGUGCGGCGUGCCGUACACGCACCUGAACGUGUUCACUCCCCGCAGGUUCAAGCGCACCGGGAUGCCACGCGCCACCGAACAGAGGAAUGUGGCUCUGACAUGGCUCCGGCAGCACCGGAGCAAGCGGGACGCCGGGGUGGUUUUCUUCGCGGACGACGACAACACCUACAGCCUGGAGCUGUUUGAGGAGAUGCGUAGUACUCGAGGUGUUUCUGUUUGGCCCGUGGGAUUUGUAGGCGGCAGAGCGUAUGAGCGCCCCCUGGUGUCCGGGGGUAAAGUGGUGGGCUGGUACACCGGCUGGAGACCGGACCGAACCUUCGCCACUGACAUGGCAGGUUUUGCGGUGAACCUCCAGGUGAUCCUGGCGAACCCGCGGGCGCAGUUCAAGCGGCGCGGCUCCCAGCCGGGGAUGCAGGAGUCCGACUUCCUCAAGCAGAUCACCAAGGUCACCGAGUUGGAGCCCAAGGCCAACAAUUGCACCCGGGUGCUGGUUUGGCACACUCGCACGGAGAAACCGCACCUCGCCAAUGAGCCCAAACAUCGGAAAGACACCGUGGUCAUCGAGGUGUGAGAGGAGGAGCCGAGCAGCGGAUCCGAAACGCCGACUGUGGCUGCCCGUCAUCCCUUUGGCCGGGACUAACGACAGCAUGGGUUGAUACAAUCUGUUCACGCUGGACACAGACUCUAAAGGAGCUGCAUGAUUCAAGACCUCUGGCCGGCUUCUUGUUUUGUUCAGUUUUUACAAAAACUGGGAUGACUCGGCCUGUUAAUUUCCCUCCAUCCACGGCUUGUCGAUGUGAAAAGUAUAAAUGUAAAAAAAAUAUAUCAUGUUGCUGAAGUGCCAUGUGAAUGAUGUAUGUCAUUUUAAUCAUUAAUACAUCAUUGUCAAAUGAACUGUGAUUCUGUGAUGUGAUUACCGUACAAACAGUCCAGAUAACGCCUCCAUCUUAUGGCAGUGGUAUUGCAACGCUGUUUCUUUAACAGCAGAAAAGAAAAUUGAUACCGAUUUCCUGGUUAAUUUAGUAUGAAGCUGGUAUCAGGAUGCUGUUAGCAUAAAGCUAGCUUAGCAGGAAGACUGUAAACAGCUAGCCCGCCCUCUCAAUACUUCAACAGUAUGCCUAGCAGCGCAUGCUAACACUUUUAAAUCAUUCUUUAACCUGCACAUUAGCAGAAAUUCUAAACUGACAAUUUGUGGCUUUAAGGGAAGUUACGCGGACUCACUUUUUCUUUGGGAACAACAGCUAGCAAGCUACGCAGAAGUACCAACAGAUAAACUGGUGUUCAUCAAGUAAUAUCUCGUAACUACACGUUACACGUAAUAACGUUUUAAACAAGCUAGAAACAAUGUGUUAAUUAGCUGUAAAGGUGUUGGUAGAGUUAUUUUUGAAGUACAGAGAGAGAUAAGCUAUCUGCAUUCUCCUGCUUCCAGUCGUGAUGCUAAGCUAGACUUACUGACCAGAUUAAAAGUGUUGGACGAGAUUUCUUUGUUAAAUAAACUUUUCACUCCUUUUAUCAUCUGCCAAAAGGUGUGUUUGUUCCUGAA